AAUGCCGAAUACAUAUCAAGGUUAAACAUACUGGUGCUAAACCUAGAUGCGUCACUCUGUUUUGACGAAACAAGCUGUCUCAUCAAUGCAACUAUAUUUGAAAACACUGAUUUUGUGCUCCCAGUAUGUGAUUAUAACAAACAGGUUAUAAUACCAGACUUUAGUCUCACAGAAUGGAAGGAAACACAUAAUUCAGACGCGUCUGAAAGACCAUCCGAAUUUUUGUCGGCCGAGCUGUUUGAAUAUCUUGGUUUCGCUGAAUAUUUGACAUCGGAAUGUACUAUCGACCAGAUUACAGAUCAGACAUUUGCCGACGAAUGCAUAGAUUCCAAACCAAUUUGGUUUGCCGAGGAUGACGGCUCUCUUUAUUGCACAUUUAAAGAGUCUUGCACCAACAUCAAGUGUUGCUUUAACUCAGCCGAUCUUGGAAGAUCAUUUUCAAUUGAGUUAGAUGUCAGACCAUGUGACUUCGAAAUUGCCGCUACAAUUGAAAAGUUCAGCUGGAAAUCAACACUCGUUGGAUAUGAGUACGGAAAGCAGAAAACGUUAUCGUUGUUUGGAUUAAUUUCCUUGAAAUACACCAUUUUCGAUAUCGAAGCUGAGGGUGAAUACAUAGUGGAUCUACAGUUGAUGCUCUGCACAGAGCCAGACGGGCCAUAUCUAUUUGAUGAACGCAUCCUAAACCAUCACAGACUACAAAAGACAAAAUGUGACUGGUCGACAUCUGCUCAAAGAAAUGACGAAUUUGACCUUACGGACUGGAUGGCUUCAAAAGAUCUUCAACUACAUUCCUUUUCGCAACAUGGAACAGAGUUUUUGAUGGAAGCUCUUGGCUUUGGAAAAUUUCUUUUAGACCCCUCCUGCAAAACAAGUGAUAUUAUUUAUGACACAGAUUUUGGCUGUUCCUAUAUUGGUGACGCAUUCCAGUCGCUUCCAUCAAAUAUGCGCUGCAGAAUGCAUUCAGAUUGUAUGAUGACAGAAUGUUGCAUAGAUACAGAAGAAAUUGGCCGAUCAUUUAGGGUGACAAUAGAUUUCGAUCCUUGCAACUACAAGCUGUCAAUCGAGAUUGAAAAUUUCAGGAAUACGAUUCUCUUAUUUGGCUUCGAAUUUGGAUCUGAACAAAAUAUUUCGUUGUAUGGUGUUGUUAGUGUACGGUAUCAAAUUGACGAUCUUCAAAUAGAAAACAUGUUCAGGAUCAGUGCUUCUGUGGAAGUGUGUCUUGAUAAAACAACGUGUCUAAUCGAUUCACUGGUGCUUGACAGAACAACUUUUCCAAAGCCAGUAUGUUCUAAAGAAGUGCAGCAAAGCUUCGCUAUAAAAGAUUUCUCACUUUGGACCUGGAUGAAUAACUUCAAUCUGAGUCAAAACGUAAAUACAUUACCAGACAACAUAUCGUCGAUCCUUCUAAACGAUCUUGGCAUUACACCAUACUUACUGACGGAUUCAUGCGCAAUUGGUCAACCACCAUUCUAUAACGCUGGAUGGAAUAGUGAUAGUUGCCAGCUUGGUACAAACCUGCCUGGCGACAUAAGUGACAUAUCCUGCGCUGUAUCAUCCGUUUGCACCUCUAUAUCUUGCUGUCUGCCUGUUCCGCUCUUUGAUAGAAGUUUGAAAAUUGUCGCUGAUGUCAAUCCAUGUACACAAUCAAUGACAUUGGGAAUUGAGAGGUUGCUGUUUACGACAAGUUUAAUUGAAUAUACCUUCGGACAAGAGGAAUAUAUUUGGCUCGGAGGAGUUUUCAGACUUGAAUAUACUAUUCACGAUCUUCCCAGCUUAAAUCAGUAUCUAGUUUCCAUGACAAUAGAAGUAUGUUGGGACAAAGAUGAAGAAUUUUGUGAAACUUAUUUACAUCUUGAAAACCACCCGCUGCCGAAAAUAGCAUGCAAUUUCAAAUCUGGCUUCAAUAUACCUGAUUUUUCAAUCUCAGCCUGGCUUGGAAAUCACAAUCUAAUCCAGGGUAGCCUUCUUGAUCCAGACAUUCGAAAUGUUUUGCUAGCAGAAUUGGGACUGAGUAAUUACCUCACUGACAAGCAAUGCAAUUAUACAAGUCUGGUCGCUCAUGUUGAUCAAAAUGGCUGGAUAGACGACUGUCGCAGUCCAUUCAGGAAUUUACCAAGCAUGUCAAACGGUAUCGUGUGUUCACUUUUUGAUGACUGUACAUCUGUGAAAUGCUGCAUGAAUGUAACUGAUAUAGGAUACAACCUUCAAGUUUCCUUAGAUAUAGACCCCUGUCGACAAAUAUUGAACGUUAACAUCGAGAAACUGGAAAACGAGAUACUACUUAAUGACUAUGAGUUCGGUACGCUCGAGGAACUUUGGCUCUUUGGCAUAUGCAGAAUGCGAUACGUAAUUUUUGAUCUAGAAGGUGAACGGAAAUACCAUGUGAGUAUGAACGUCAGUAUAUGUUUAGAGUCGGACUUACCUUGCGAAUACACGUACGUGGUAUUUCAUGAUACAAAGCUGCCGAAGACAGCCUGCCUAUGGGGGCCGCAGUCUACAAGAAAUGAAGACUUUUCGCUCUCUAAUUGGGUGGCCGACUUCAAAGAACAACUGCCUGAUGACGUCACAACUUGGCCAGAUUAUGCUCUAAAACUUAUGUAUAAUGACAUGGGUAUUGCUGAUUUCAUGUCUGAAGUUUCUUGCAUUUACGGACAAUAUCCGUAUGAUCGCAUCAAUGGCACAAGAAAUGAAUGUCCUUUGCAUCAUGGUACUUUGCCGUCGCUGGAGCACGUGACGUGUCACUUCCGGAAGUCGUGCACAGCUAUCGAUUGUUGCAUUGACGAGCUAUCACUUGGCAGAUCUGUUAAUAUUUUCUUCAAUAUUGAUGCCUGCGAAAUGUCUCUUUCUCUUGGAAUCGGAAAAUAUAUGUUUAAUUUGAGUUUAAUCGACUAUCAUUUUGGUACCAAGGAAUAUUUUUGGUUGCGGGAUAUCAUAAGGCUCGAUUUUCAACUUUACAAUUUACCUGAAAAUGAAGCGUUUGUUGUUAAUCUGGAUGUAAGUGUUUGUUUGGAGACAGCCGGUAUCUGUUCCCUUACGGGAAGCCUCUUCUCGGGAACAACUCUUCAAAAGCCGAUAUGCAAUAUGAAUGAAGGUUUUAAAAAUGAAAACUUCUCCUUCAUAAGAUGGAUGGAAACUCACGGCUACGUUGUUGAUGAUACAAUUACUAGCCUUGACAAAUCGAUGCUAAUGGAUGAACUUGGAAUUGCAAGGCUUUUGUUAGACACUGAAUGUGAUCCGGAAAGCAUUAGAAAUCAGAAUAUGAACAACAGCAAUUCCGCAUGUUCUCUACAACGCAAGUUGGAAGACCUACCUGAAGAUUUGGCAUGCCAUCUCACAGAGUGCACCCGUUUAGAAUGUUGUAUGAAUGUAGAGCCACUUCAACAAAAAUUUGAAAUAACCCUCAGCAUUGACGCUUGCACAUACAGCAUGGUUAUAACAAUUGAAAAUCUUAUACUGGAAUAUUCGCUCUUUGAUUUUGACUGGGAAAGUGAACAGAAAGUGAAUAUGCAGGGUGUGAUACGUUUAACAUUCACAUUAGAAAAGUUAGAUGGUGAAAACGCAUUUAUAAUAACACUAGCUGUUAAUGCAUGCCUCGAAUCGCAGUCACCAUGUUACUUCGAGUACACUAUAUUCGACAAGGCUAAAUUCCCUAGGAACUUCUGUGAUUACGAUGUGAUUGAUUCGUUUGCAAUAGAAGAUUUUUCCCUGUUGGAAUGGAAACUUAACCACGACCUUGAAAUAAGUUCUCCAAUUGAAUCACCAAACACGGACAUAUUAUUCCACGAUUUUGGUUUGGCAACAUAUUUUAGGAACGACCAAUGUGAAGCAGACAGAUCAAAUACAACUUCAGGAUGGAAGAAUGAAUGCCCUCACUUGACAGGUCUUGCAGUCUUGCCAUCAACUAUUUCGUGUUCCUAUUCUGAAAGUUGCACAUUAAUUAACUGUUGUUUAGUGGAAACAAACACGGGAAGAAGCAUAUCUUUUGGACUAGAAAUCGACAGGUGUAAUUAUUUAAUUCGCAGCUACAUAGAAAACAUGGAAAUGACGAGAAAUUUCUACAGCUUUACAUGGGAUGAAACCAGACAACUGAAUUUCGGAGGAAUAGUGCGACUAGACUUUUCCGUACACGAAUUAGAAAGUGAGAAAACAUUUCUAUUAUCAGCGGAACUGAAAGUGUGUUUCGAGGCAUCCCUUCCCUGUGAAUUGACUGCUGAAUUAAUUGAUCAAGUGAUAAUUCCGAAAGUUCCAUGCUUGUGGAAGAGAGAUUUUGUGAUUCCUGACUUUUCCCUACAGACUUGGCUUUCAGACGAGAAUUUACAGCCAGUCUUUCCGCUGGACGACUAUUCUUCUUCUAAGUUGCUGGAUCUUCUAAAUAUAUCUCCAUUUCUAAAUUCCGAAGCCUGUCAUGUUCCAAAUACAGAUGCAGGAUCAUGGAUUACAGACUGUCCUAAAAGUAUCGAUGUACCUACUCUACCACAAAACGCGCAGUGUCACAUAUCCGACAGCUGCACUGCAGUGACAUGUUGUCUGUAUGUAGAGACAUUUAACCAUACAUUUCAAAUACACAUGGAUGUUGACCCAUGUGCCUAUGUAAUGUAUUUGGCAAUAGAGCGGUAUGAAUAUUCUACGCUCCUGUUCAACUAUACUUGGGGGAAGACAGAGGACCUAUGGCUGUUUGGAGUUGUAAGAAUAAGGGCGUCAGUUCAUGAUCUAGUAGGCGAAGCCGCAUACCUUAUCAAUAUGAACGUCAGUAUUUGUUUUGAAACGCAUUCAGCGUGUCAAUCUGAGAUCCGAAUCUUCGAAAAUGCGUUGCUUCCAAAGACGACAUGUGAAUGGGAUGCAGAUUUUGUAGAGAAAGAUUUCAGUUUACAAUCGUGGCUUAGUAAGUACGGAUUAGAAUCUGAUGACCCUUUGGACCAAACAUUCAUCCGAAUUCUCUUGGAUGACCUUCAAAUAUCAAAUUACAUGGACGACCAGUGCAAUUUUGGAGUUUUCAAUGCAUCAGUCGAUAUGUGGAAUAAUGAGUGUCCUUUUGCUGUCGAAACUAAUGAGCUUCCCGACUCCAUUGUUUGCCUAGUGCCAACGUUCUGUACUGGAGUUCAGUGUUGUACAAAAAUUGAUAUCUUACAACGAAAUAUCCGUUGGUUCGUCUACAUCCAUGCUUGUACAAAUACCCUGGAAAUCGGAAUUGAGAAGAUGAAAUUUACACUAGAUCUGCAACAGUAUGACUUUGGCACUGAAAGAACCGCUAGUUUGCAAGGAUUCGUUAGGCUGAGAUUUACUAUCGAAGAUUUAAAGAAUGAAGGUGUUUAUCAAAUGUCUUUGGAUUUCGGGUUAUGUUAUAAUGCCCAAACAGCUUGCGAUUACACGCUGGGGAUAUUCAGAAAUACAAAACUUCAGAAACCUCUCUGCGACAUGAGUACUGGCUUUAACAUCCCAGAUUUUUCUAUACAAGAAUGGCUAGAAACGAGAGGACUAGAAGGUGGAAAUCUGAAUACGUUAGAUUUAUCGCAACUUUAUAGUGAUCUUGGAAUAUCAACGUAUGUGUUUGACAAUGCUUGUGCCGUAGUUCAAACUCCAUACACGUGGACAUCAGAUUGUCCUCUUGACGUAGAGCUACCAGCAUUGACAUCAACAAUGAGUUGUUACCUACAUUCAACAUGUAACGCUGUCACCUGUUGUAUAAUGUCCCCGUUACUUCAACGUAACUUGACCACAAUGUUGUCCGUAAAUCAGUGCAAUAUGACUCUGACCCUUGCUAUAGAAAAACAAACAUUCACAGUUCCCCUUCUGGAUUUCGAAUGGAGUGCUUCGAAAGAGAUAGACUUGUUUGGUGUCGUGAGAGUCAGUUAUGCGUUGGAAAACUUGGACCUGUCGAACAAAUUCAUAUUCAAUCUAAGAGUGAAAGUGUGCCUUGAGUCGCAAUCAGAUUGUGAAACAGAUGCUGUUGUUUUCAACAACACCUUAUUGACCAAACUGCCAUGCGCAUUGGAUAACAGUUUUGUUAUUACUGACUUCUCACUCACGUCAUGGCUAGAUCGGAAAGGAUACCAGUACUCGAGAUUUUUGGGCAGCGACAUUUCCACUGAAUUAUUAGAGAUACUUGGUAUUGUUGGAUAUCUGCAGGAAGAAGAAUGUGACAGAAAGACAGAAUUAUAUUCCCCAAACGUAUAUGGUUGGAAGAAAAGCUGCUUACUCGGUGUAGACACCAGCCCAUUGCCGAAUGCACUGUCUUGUGUUCUCCAAGAAUCCUGUACAUCAGCUGAUUGCUGUGCUGACGUCGCCUUGAUUGAUAAAUCUUUUAACCUUAGGUUUGAUUUGGAACCGUGUAACAAUCGACUUACAGUUGCAAUCGAACGACUGCAUUUUAACAUAAACCUCAGAGACUAUUCUUUUGGUACAACGGAAAAGUUUUGUCUGUUUGGAGUUGCUUGCCUGGAGUAUAACAUCCAAGAUCUCCUUCGGUCAGGAGUUUAUAUAGUCGACUUACUGAUCCGUGUAUGUUUUGAAACAACUGGAACAUGUUAUAUAGAAGCACAAGUAAUGAAUGCAGCAGUAUUGCCAAAACGUGCGUGUAGCUGGGAGGACGCAAAUAAUGUUCAAAAUUUUACUCUAAAUCACUGGUUUGAGGACAGAGGUAUUCAACCGAUGACUGUUUUGCCGUCGUAUUUGGCAGCACAACUAAUGAACGACAUAGGAUUGUCAACGUACUUAUCAGAAGACAGCUGUUUAUUGAAUGGUGACACAUUUAACGCAACAAGUCUGUUCUGUGUAUCAGAUUGUCCAUUGAAUUUAGAAAGCAUAGAGACAUCUGAUGACAUAGCUUGUUAUAUCCAAAAAUAUUGUACAGCAGUUGAUUUGUGUGCUUACAUUCCACUAAUUGACAGAAAUAUACACGCAUACUUGCGACUGCAUACUUGCAAUUCAUCGCUUGAUGUUGGAAUUGAACAAUUCAGAUUUUUCGUUAGCUUGUCCGAUUACGAAUGGGGAACGAAGACAGAAUUUAUUCUAAAAGAUGUGAUUCGACUUGGAUUUCAAGUUUGGGAUUUAAACGACAAAUACGUUGCUGACCUUGUAUUGAAAGUUUGUUUUAACGGUCCACCUUGCGAGCAUACAUAUACGAUAUUCAGACACACUGAACUCCCUAAACUUCAAUGCGACUGGAAUAUGGAUUUCAGAAAUGAAUCAUUUUCUCUAUCCGAAUGGAUGGAAGACAGAAAUAUAUACCCCGGUUCAAUAACUGAUGCAAGGAGAAAAGAACUUUAUGAAGAUACAGGACUCGCCGCAUAUAUAAGUGAUACAUUGUGCAACACCAAUGUUUACCCAUAUAUCCCGUCUGAAAAUGGAUGGAAUUCUGAAUGCGGUGUUGACUUGGAUGUUUUACCACUUCCUGAUUACAUAUCCUGUUUUGUAUCUGAAGUGUGUACGUCAGUCCGAUGCUGUUUAGCGAUCGAUAGUAUUCAGACAUCUGUAACGUUCUUUAUAACACUAGAUGCUUGUGACAAGAUAUUACAAGUAGGGAUUGAAAAUAUGAAAAUAGAAAAAGAUCUGUACAACUUCGACUACGGAUCACCAGAGCAGUUCUACUUGUCUGGGAUUUAUAGAAUAGACUAUAUGAUAGAAGAUUUUCAUGGGGGUCGAAUGUACUCAUUGGAUGUAAAUGUCAGCGCCUGUUUUGAAAGCAAUAAUGACUGUGAAUACAAAGUACCAAUUUUCUCUAAAACAGUCGUGCCGAAGGUGUCUUGUAGUUGGGAAAACGGAUUCAGUAAAGAUGAUUUUGCACUUGACACAUGGUUAGAGCACAACGAGAUUGACCCAGCCAUUACUCUUGCACCUACAUAUUUUGACAUGCUCAUGGAAGACUUAGGCAUAAGUCAGUACAUAACAGCCGAAAACUGCUGGACGUCGUCAAAUAACUCGACAUGGAGCAAUGCAUGCCCUUUAUCACUGAGUCUGCCGGAGCUUCCAGACAAUGUGACAUGCACAAUCGACUCCAGCUGUUUGAAAAUAGAAUGCUGCUACCUUGUCAGUGAGCUGAAUCAUGCGUUUAGCAUUUCAAUGCACGUAGAUGACUGUAACUAUCAACUCACAGCAAGCAUCGAACAGUUACAAAUGGAAAGGAAACUUUCAUUCUUUGAUUUCGGGCAAGAGAUUGCAUUUGACCUUGAUGGGUUAUUGCUCUUACGUUUCAUGGUGACGUACUUGGACGUAAAAGAUAGCUACGCAUUGCACUUAGAUACAGAGCUGUAUUUACAAGGAAAAGGUUCACCGUCUGAAACACUGAAAUUACUCAAUGAUGUUACUAUACCACGCAUGCCAUGCCAAGCUGACAGCAACUUUAAGGAUUCAAACUUCUCACUAUCGGAUUGGACGUCACUGAUGAAUAUAGAAGAUAUGUCUGACUUUACAGAAUAUCAUGUCGCUCGUCUUCUAGAGGAUAUAGGCAUUUCUGACUUUAUGUUACCAUCACGUUGUUCACUACCAAAUGAUGUAAUUGGAAACCUUGGCUGUCCAACAGAAGUAGCAUUACCAGAUUUAGACUCCUUUGUAUCAUGUAUUUUAAUAGAGGAGUGUAUGGGAAUUCAAUGUUGUAUCCAAACCUCUGACAUUCCAGUAGCAUUCAAUAUCAGUUUCCACAUUGAUACAUGUAAAGAACGGAUAACAGUCACCUUAGAAAAAUUACAGUUUACUGUGCAAUUCCAAGAUUUCAACUGGGGUACUAUUGAACGAUUUUAUUUGUUUGGAGUCAUUCGCUUAGCAAUUGAAAUAUCAGAAUUGGUAGGAAAACAAUUAUACACAGUGUCCAUGAAUGCAAGCAUCUGCUUUGACGCUUUUGAUUCUUAUAAUACAAAUAUAGAGGUUCUGCGAAACCUUGCACUUAUUGCUGCACCAUGUGACUGGACAAGUGGAUUCAUUGAAAAAGAUUUUGACUUUCCAAAGUGGAGAAAUGCGUAUGACUAUAACUCGAGUUUAGCCUUAACAGAGACUGGUACUGAUGUUUACAUGUCUGCCAUUGGGGUGUCUGUAUACAUACAACCUCUGCAGUGCAACGGGUCAGCUUUUCCCUAUGUCAGUUUAGAUGAAAAUGGAUGGUCUAAUGAAUGCACGAAAACGUAUUUACAACUUGAACCACUACAGGACGGAACUAAGUGUUACCUAGAUAAUACGUGUUCAAAAUUUGACUGUUGUUCAUAUGUAACGACACUGGACCGAUCAUUCCACACAAGUUUUGAACUUGAUCAUUGUAGACGUGUUUUAUCGAUUGGAAUUGAACGAGUGACUAGAAAAGUUGUUUUAACAACGUUUGAAUGGGAUACAUGGCAGCGCACAAGCUUAAAUGGGUUUAUUACAAUUGACCACUUAGUGAGACAUCUUCCAAUCAGAAAGCUCUUUAUUUUAUCCGUUGAACUGUCUAUAUGUCUGGACAAGACUAACUGUGCCAUCAGCAUGUCAUUACUGAAAGAUGUAAUUCUACCACAAACACCUUGUGAAUGGAACCCUGAUUUCAGCCUAAAAGAUUUUUCCUUGACCCAAUGGAAAUUGGACAGAGAGCUAGAUCUAAACAAUACUCUGAGCUUUCCCCACCGUCUGGAACUAACCAGUGAUAUUGGAAUAGAACCGUAUUUAACAAAUGGGCAAUGUAGUGAUGUAAUACCAAGCGAGGCAACAGAUUGUAUUGUACCAUCUACAUUUCCUGAUACUGUAUGCAGUAUGUCAGACAACUGUGGAAGUGUGCAAUGUUGUAUUUUCUCGGAUGUUCUGCAAAGGCACAUCUCUUAUAACCUUAACUAUGACCAAUGUAACCAUAUGAUAUAUGUUCAAAUUGAAACGUUCACUAAAAGCAUUUCAUUGUAUGAAUACACAUACGGAACACUGAUGACAUUUUCCCUGUACUCCGUUUUUCGUAUCGGGUUUUCUGUCGAUCAUCUGAAGUAUUUCGAAACAAACAUAUUAAGCCUUAACAUCAGUGAAUGUUACGAAUAUAACGAGAAGUGUACAACAUCUGUUGAAGUAUUGAACCUUGAUAGUUUCCCGGAUCAAAACUGUCAAACAGACAAAACUUACAAUAAAGAAGACUUUUCCUUAUACAUGUGGCUUCAUGAAAAUAAUAUUACUGAUUCUUCGACAUUGGGAGACGUUGCUAAAUCUAGGAUUUUGAAAGACCUUGGAGUGAACCAAUUCUUAUACGAUGACGAGUGUAUUCUCGAAGCUAAUAGUUCCAUAAAUGGAUGGAACAACGAUUGUCAAGCAGACCUUUUCUUGCCUAACAUUACCAACGAGGCAGUCAUAUCUUGCUACAUACACGAAACAUGCACAGAUAUUGACUGUUGUGUUUUUGUUGAAGAACUACAAAUGUCAUUCCGUCUAACAUUCAGUCUGAAAGAGUGCGAUCUUGUUCUGGAAAUUGAAAUAGAGAAACUUAACCAUGAAAUCUUACUUACUCACGUUGUAGGAGGACAUCAAACAAUGGUCAGUCUACAAGGUUUCCUUCGCCUUGAAUUCACGAUUGAAGAGUUUUCAUCAGAGGAAUUUAUACUUCAAAUGAAAUUAAAAAUCUGUUUGGAAAGUGACUAUGCCUGCGAAAGAGAAAUAGAUAUAUUUGAUGACACAAGAUUACCCCGGCGUGUCUGCAGUUUCCCGCCGGAUUUUGAUAAUGCUGAAUUUUCAUUGACAACGUGGAUGUUAGAAAAUGGAGUGUCAGAUGCAUACGAUAUGUCUGAAAAGCAAACGGAUAACCUCAUACGUGACCUGGGUUUACUUCAUCUUCUCACCAAAACUCCAUGCACAACCAAUAGCAGUUUAGCAGAAGGUCUUCUUGAAGUAGACGUUAUGGAAUAUUCAAAUGAUACUGUGUGUACACGGGAUCCUAAUAGUAGUUACUUUGAAUGUUGCAUGCGAUCUAAUGUACUUGACAGAAACCUUUGGAUGAACUUCACUCUUGACCCUUGUAGCUAUCUAAUGGAAGUCAAUGUUGAAAAUAUCAACGAGAAAAUAGAACUGCUUAACUAUAAUUGGGGAACGAGGCACAGUGUGAAUGCCAAAGGAGUAUGGGGAGUAAGGUUCAUGGUGACAAAUGUACAAUCGAAGAAGUACUUUUCUAUUGACAUUGAUCUGCAGCUAAGUUUUGAAUCCAGUGGGAAUAAUGCUUCAACAAUUACAGUUGCAAAUGAUUUGAGAAUGCCUUAUCCAUCCUGUCCGAACAUAUCUACGAAUGAUCUAUUUCAGCCUUAUUAUGGUAUAUCACACGACUUUUGGAGAUUAACAAAAUGUAUCGUAAAUAAUACCAGUGGUGUAAACGGUACAUACCCUAUAAAUGGUACAGACGUUAUAAAUGGUACAGACACGAUAAACGGUACAGAUACUAUAAAUGGUACAGACAACAUAAAUGAUGCAGACACCAUAAAUGGUACAGACACUAUAAAUGGUACAGACACUAUAAAUGGUACAAACACCAUAAAUGGUACAGACACUAUAAAUGGUACAGAUACCAUAAAUGGUACAGAUACUUUAAGUGAUGACCAAAGAAUCGAUUGUGACGACCUUCCCGAAUCGCUGGCAGAAAUUUGUCACUACAAUAGCGAUUGCAGCCAGUUGUCAUGUUGUACCGACUUGUACUUCAAACAAGGUCAAGAGGAGGCAAUAAAUGCGCUUAUUCAAAUCGGAAUUAACUGUAACGACAUUGUACAAUACGAAAUAGAAAACAAAAUCUGGACAAGAACAUUAUCAAGCUUUCCUGAUGUGAUAUCCAGUGGUAUAGCAGACUGUAUUUUUAUUGAUCUUAUCAUCGACAAAAUGGCUUCAUAUCAUUUGGUGUCACUAAACAUUACUGUCUGCGCAGUUUCCUUCGGCGAAACUGUGUGCGACGUGAACUUCAUGAUGGAAAAUAUCAAACUGGCUAAGGUUCAAUGUACGAAAAGGAAGAAAAGAGAUGUAAUGGAUAUCUACAAAGAUGAUCCUGACUUUAAAGUGCUUGUUCGAGAACUCAUGAAUGAGGGCGCAACAAAAAAUGAAAUUCAGACUAUGUUUAAUGAUCUGAUUGAAGAAGAGACCUUGCAAAAGGAGCAGGUGUGGGAAGCUGAACUCCUGCCAGAUGACGACUCCAGUUCAAGUUACUCAUUGGUCCUGAAAUCUCUCGGACAAAAUAAUCCUGAAACUUUGAAAUAUCAGCGUGGCUUUUAUGCCAACACGAAUGUUACCGUAACAGGAAGUGAAGCGAUUUUGUCCAUUCUUGGAAAUGUCAUUAAUGUUUUCAAUAGAGCAGAUCAACCCUUUAUCGUUGGAAGUGGCUUUUCCGAAGCGGGCAUCAAAUUAUUGGGAGAACAUCUGGCAGAUAUGACAAUCGGGGAUGUAGAAGCACUGUUACAUAUGAAUAAACUUGACCCGCUUAAGAUAUUUCAAAUAACCAAUGAUUUUAUUGGUCUUGGAAAAGCUUUGUACUCAGAAGUAAUGGAGAAGAUGGUUGAUAGGACAUUAGAAUAUGCGUUUAAGACUUUUGAAAUAACGUUCACUGGCUACCUACCGUUUCCGACAACGCCUGUUCAUUUUUACCAAAGUCCACCGAUCAAUAUUCCAAUUGGAGGCAUCAUCAGCCUAACAUUUAACUUUGGGGCCGAUGGAUAUUAUGGAGUAAAACUUGGAUGGGAAGGAAAACUGAUUGCCAGAACAGCCGCUGCCAUCGUGCAACCGCAUGGAGCAUUAACCGCAUACGGAGAAGCUGGAAUCGGAAUAGGACCUUUGUUUGCAAAACUUAGAUUAGAAGGCAGCCUAAUAAACGUUAGAUUUCCGACUCGAGCUGAACUGCAUUUCUCUAAAUUUCCUCUGGAUGUUUCCUUGGCAAUGGACCUUGAUCUUAUACCUGUUAGACUGCAGCUGUCAGCUUUAGUGACGUUUGAGAUGAAAUUUUUAUUCUUUUCAUUUCGAGCAACAUUAUUUCGUGCAAAACUUUGGGAGUAUUCAUCCCCACGAAUCAAGAAAAAGGUAAUUGAUGUCUCUACUGAGGAAACAGAUACUACGCCACCGGAAGUGUCACAACCCAUCCACGAUGACCAGGUUGAAAUAAUACUUCCAGAAUGUGAGGUGUUUCAACAUAAAUAUCUGGAUUACACAGAACCAGAAUAUUCGAUAUCGGUAGCAGCUUCUGAAGACAAAGGACCAUUGCGGUUCUUCCUUGACAUUGGGACAGUUCCGGGAAAUAAUGAUAUUGUCAACAACAGGGAGCUUGGGGGUCCAUCAACAGUUAUAACCACUUCAAUGGAUGAGUACCCGACAGGGCAACCAUUAUAUUUUACGCUUUAUGCUGAGAAUACAAGUGGAGCAAGAUCUCCCACAACAUGUAUGUUACCAACGUAUGAUACAACUCCACCUACCGGAAGAAUCACUGCUGAAUUUUUGACAACAAGCAAUCCAGCAAUCAUGAAAGCGUCCGUGCUCGUCCAUGAUGACUCUGAAAUCAUUGACGCAGCUGUAGCAGUUGGCUAUGGGAAAGGGAUAUAUGGAGAUCAAAUUCAACACUGGACUUCCAUUGAACUAAACGAACGUGAACACAUUGUUUCUGACAAUAACCCAUUGUCACAUUUUACGGAGGCUCAAACAGGAAAACUUGUGUCUACACCUAUUAAAGUGUAUAUGGAUAUUCAAACCAUGAGUUCAUGUGCAGAACUAUGCUUAAAGCUAGACCAUUGUGUCAGUUUUAACUACGACCUUGGUACAAGCAAACAAUGCGAAUUACUACGGUCUAUUAGAAAUUACGACGAAUCUUUAGCUGUGGCUGCAAAAUUCUGCCAUUUUGAACGGCUUGGAAGCGGACAUUUCAUAGAAGUUUAUCAUGACACUUUCAACCUGACCCAUAAUUCCCUUUACUUCAUCAAUUUGGAUCUGACAAACAUUCUCGGUUAUAGAACUAUGUUUGGAAGUGACGGUGUUCUAACAGAUUUUACAUGUCCUGAACCAGGUUACAUAAACAACGCAGCUAGUGACACUCUUGAAAUAUCAGAUUGCCUAUCAUUGAUUCCAGCAGAUCGACCAGAUCUAACGCGAUUUUGCGUUCGUGUUCAUCCUGAGCGAUUCAAUAGAAGGCAAGUAAUAAACAUUGCAUUUAGACGAUUAGCUUUCACGACGAAACUUAUAAUAGAUGGGGAAGGCUCCAGGACUGUUUACAAUGGCGACAAGCAAAUGUCUGAUAUUUUGUUUACAAGAAGUAACAACUAUAUUGCAGGAAAUUGGGACGGAAUCCAUGACAACGAAACAGACAUACGGGCUUAUACGCUGUCUGUAGGAAGGGCAAUAUGUGAAGACUUAAUCCACCCACACCAUGAUCCACAUAAACAUUUGAUGCACAAGUCACAGUGGACAUACAUGGCAAUCAUAACACCGUCUCUGGACUACAACCCGUUUCCUCUCCCAUCUGGAUUAUACUACCUCACUGUAAGUGCGAUAAAUAAAGUUGAGUAUGGCGGACCACUUUCUCUAACAGUAUGCCACUCCACUCCAUACGUGAUAGACACUUCCAAGCCUAUAAUAUAUGAAAUAUACAAUGUACGAUAUGACGAAGAACUACACGAACUGUCAGCAGAACAUAACUCUUCUGACCCGGAAUCUGGCAUUGCUUUUUACGAGGUUUGCCUGGGACAAAACCCUCGAAGUUGCGGAAUUUUCUCCUGGACCCAGUUCCCUAAUCUCCCAUAUUUCCUACAUAAUUUUCAAAUUCCAGACGGGGUAUCUGCUUGGCUAAGGCUUAAAGUAACGAACAAUGUUAAUCUUCAUAUUGUUGGGCAGGCGGACAGACCGAUUACUAUAGAUGCAAGUGCACCUUUUGCGGGAACCGUAUUUGACGGAGAAUUAUUACAAGAGGAUCUGCAAUUCACGCGAUAUUCAAAUAAGAUAUGCUCUAACUGGUUUGACUUUUACGACCCGGAGUCAGGAAUAUAUGCUUACGAAGUCGGUGUUGGAACAGUAACUGGGCUGACAGAUGUGGCAGAGCUGAAGAAACUGGCACAUCAAGUGCAUCAGUAUUGCUUUUCCCUACAUGAAAACGUAUUGCAGCAUAAUCAUGUAUAUUACGUAAUCGUUUGGGCUGUUAACGCCGCCAGUAAUCAGCGAAAUGUUUCCAGUGUUUCAGAUGGAGUGCGCGUAGAUUUGACAGCACCUGAGGAAGGCAUGGUUGUAGAUGGGAAUUUAGAGGACUUCUUAAAUCUGCAAUACAGCUCUUCUAAAACUAAUGUUCAGUUACAGUGGAAAAACUUCAUGGAUCCAGAGUCAGGCAUCCGUACAUACGAAGUUCAAACAUUAAGGAAAAGCUAUGAGAACAACGAAUGGAAUAUUGUGACUAACUGGACAACUGUCGAAGAUUAUGCUAUGCAGUCGGGCUGGAAAAACAAUGAUUUUGCUCACAAAGAUGAAAUCAAAUCGAAACUUAGAGUUAUUAAUGGUGCUCUAAACGAAAUAGUAGCAGAAACUGAUGGAUUUAUGAUAGACUUAACAGCACCAACAGCAGAAUAUAUGAAUGAUGGUAGUGAUACAGGGCAGGAUAUUGAAUACCAGUUUGAUACGACUGAAAUUGCUUUGAACUUCAAGUUUCAUGACGAAGAAUCGGGCAUAUAUCGUCUGAAAAUCCAAAUAUUUGAACAACUGCAAGGUAGUACAAGACAAUUCUAUCCCGAGAACCCUGGGGAAUGGAUAGACGUACAUGACAGCAACAGUUCCAAAUUUACGCAGUCUGGACUACUGCUGACAUCCGGACGAAAAUACACAGGACGUAUUUAUGCUGUAAAUGGCGCAGGACUAGUAUCAACCCAUGAAUCUAAUGGUGUUACUAUUGACAAUUCACUCCCUCAGAUCAAAUGGUUGAAUGUUGGUGUUCUAACUGGAGACGAGGAAACAGUAAACGGCCAUAUAUGGCAAUCAGAUCACAAUGGAAUAAAGGCAUCAUGGCGAGCCAGCGAUCCUCAGUCUGGUAUCCUUGUUGUCGAAUAUGCCGUCGGAACGUCUAUAGGAGGCACAGAUAUUCUUGACUGGACUAUUCAUGGUGAUUCUAUAAGCAGUGCGUAUAUCCAGUGUGUUCUCCAAGAUACAGAUCAACAAAGUCAACAGCCAUUGUAUUAUUUAUCCAUAAAAGUCAAAAACGGUGCCGGCGCAUGGAGUAGUAUCCGUGUAUCCACGCCAAUCGAGGUUGUUCCAGAAGAUGUUACAGGUAUCGUGCACGACGGUAUCACAUAUGACGUUGAAUAUCAAACUGAUACACAUACUGUCGCAAUGCAUUUCUCUGGAUUUGAGAGCAAACUCCAUGAUAUAUCAGCAUACGACUGGGCUGUAGGCACAAGUCCUGGGGACGAAGAUGUGUUACCAUAUAUUGAAAGGGGAAUUGUCCUCACUGAGCAGAAAGAUACCUUAGAAAAUGGUGUAACAAGUUCAGGGUUCGCACAUAUACCAAUGAAUCUAGAUCAUGGAAAGGUAUAUUAUACGACCAUGAGAGCAAAGACUAAUGCAGGAAAUAUAUUGCAAGCCACAUCAAAUGGUUUUAUUGUUGAUACGACACCGCCAGAGGUUACAUUUAAUAGUCUAACAGAAGACUUGUUUGAAAACAAUACUGGUGUUAUCUAUCAACAUGACCAGUCAUCACUGACUGCUUCCUGGCAGUACAGGGACGACGAAAACUUUCCAGGAGACAGUGAAGAAAAUAUAGACGUCACGUGGUUUGCAGUUGGUACAUACCCAAUGGCAGCAAACGUUUACGAUUAUGCGUAUCAGAAUAUAACGCCUAGUUUUGAUAAUUCUGUAGAAGUGACACCACUUGGCUCGGGCAAAACGAAUAUCAUAAGUGUAGGUGCAAGAAAUAAAGCUGGAUUAGCCUCAUCUACCAUAUCUCCACCAGUUUUACUAGAUGACUCAGCUCCAGCGGCUGGCACAGUUUCAUGUCCAAAAUAUAUUCAGAGUCGUGCAGCAGUUGCAUGUACAUGGACUGGAUUCGUCGAUAAGGAAAGUGCAAUUCAGAAAUACUUUGUAACCUUCGGAACGAAACAAGGUUUUGAUGAUCUGUUUUCAAAGCACGAAUUGAACGGUCAUACGAAUAGAAUAUUUGCUGAAGGAAUACCAAAGGACCAUGCAGACGUUAUAUAUGCUACUGUGACAGCAGAAAAUAGCGUAGGAUUACUUGUAAGUGCUUAUUCAGAUGCGAUUGUUGUAGAUGACACACCCCCAACACCUGGCAUAGUUGUUGAUCUACCAAGCAUUUCUCAAAUCGACCCAAAUGAUGCAGACAGAACUGUCAAAAUGACUAGAAAGGCGUGUUCUACUGUGGAAGAAUGUUUGGAGAUAGAUGCAACGUGUACGGAAGCUUUAACAUAUUUCUGCUUAGCCUGGACUGGAUUUCAAGAUCAAGAAUCUGAAAUAUUGGAGUACCAGUUGGCCAUAGGAACAUCACCGGGUGGAGCUCAGAUUGUUCCUUUCUUCUCCGUUUCACCCGAAACCAAUUAUUAUUUUGUAUCAAAUAUUGAUGUGAAAGGACAAAGAAAACUAUAUGCAACUGUAAGAGCAGUGAAUGUUGCCCUGUUAACGACAGAAGUUCAUUCUGACGGUGUAUAUUUAUCCUACAUAAGUCAAGGCCUACCAGCACUUCAGCCUAUAGGCGUUUUCGAUUCUGCUCAACACGCAGCUGAAGACAUCCAGUUUCAAACGGACACGACGUCAAUCGAAGCUAAAUGGGAUAUGUCGGGUGACCCAUGUCCUGUUUCCAAAUACGAGUGGUCAAUUGAAAUGACAAAUGGAACGGUGAUUCAAGAUUUCGUCGAUAUGUACACAUCCACUCAUGGUAUUAGUGAUCGACUUGACUUAAUAGAAGGCAAACGAUAUUACAGUCUUGUGAGGGUUCAUAACAUGAUGGGGUAUGUUUACACCCUACGAUCGGAUGGAGUGACGGUCGAUUCAAAUCCAAUGUUCCCAGGAAUAGUUUAUGAUGGAGAUUUAACUGGCUAUGACCUUCAAGUGCUUUCUUCUAGAACAAAUGUUACAGCUAACUGGGAAGGUUUUGGACAAAAGCGUGUACCAGGGGUAACAGGAAGCGAACAAACAGUGAACAUGGGACUACAGUCAGAUGAUGAGAGAGACCCGAAUCAAGAAGUUGCCUAUUACACAGUGGCUCUAGGUACAGACAGACGAUUUCCUAAAACAUGGGAUAACAUAGUGCCUUUUACAAAUGUUGGACUUAACACUUCAGUUACUUUCAAAGACUUGGAGCUCGAAGCAGGAUUUGCCGUGUACUAUUUUACAGUCCGGGCAUUUAGCGUCUCGUAUACAUGGACGACAACAACAUCUAACGGUUUUUAUGUCAAAUUUGACGGCGGAGUUACAGCCGGCAGCAUUGAUAUGCCAGAUUUCAUCAGCACAGAUAUUCAGCUUGAAGUAGUUUGGAAUGACUUCAGCUCCAACGUUGGAAUGCUUCUGUACUAUAUUGCAAUAUCAGAUCACAGGAGCAUUAGCCCUGGAGACUGCAGACGAUACGUCGACGGCGGAAAAGCAAGCGAAGCAGAGAAAACCGCGGAGUUCAACAUUUAUCCGGUGACUACCGCUGGAAUUAAUACAUACCGAAAUGUCGAAGAACUGUCACUUGAACAAAACACCAGCUACUUCAUAUGGAUUAUGGGCGUAGACAAGUCGGGAGAAUGUAAUAUGACCUACCAUCAAUUUACUGUGGACACAACACCACCAGAUGCUGGACGUAUUUCUGCAGGACCAUAUUUUGAUAUGAAACUCGCUUUUACGAGGUCAUAUACAUCUCUUACUGUCAACUGGGAAGGAUUUUACGAUGCUGAAUCCGGCAUAGAUGUGUUUAACUUAACGCUUUGGCAAAAGGGGAAAUGUUCAGCAGGUCCUCUGGGUACGAUACCGAACAUCAUUGAGAAUGUUCAGUUACCAGGAAACUACACAAUAUACACCUUCGUAGACCUCAAUAUACAGGAGUUGACAGUAUACAACGUUUCUAUAGAAGCUAUUAACAGAGCUGGCCUUAACAGUUUUGCACAAACAUCACCAGUGCUUUAUGAUGAUUCAUUGCCGAGUGCAGGUCAUGUUACAGAAGGUUCAGUCUUUACAGAAGAUGUUGUUUGGUGGGGAUACACCAACCACAUGAAUGGUUCAUUGCUCCACUUUCCGAUGAACGUGGAUGACCCGUGUCCUCCAAACCGGGUAAAAAUGACAGACAACAAUUGGAGAAUUUUACAACUGGCAAGUCUUAACGACCCUGAUGGCUUUGGUUGGAAAUUACAUCACAGAAAAGUUAACAUCCAUAUAGAUAGUUACAGAGAUACGUGUACUAUAAAGAUUGCAAGAGAUUCCAAAAGUGAUAAGAUAUUUUCUGCCGCAUAUAUACGCCAAGCUAAUUUGAAUAAUGGAGGCACUUACGAGCUAUCUGUGAAAGCCGCGGAUGGAAAUGGGUUAGCAGUUACAGGUAUUACGUUUUUAAAUGGUGAAGACACAGACUUACAUAUAUAUGAUCAUCAGGAAAAGGACUGGACAGAGGGGUCUUGCGUUUGCUGUUUCGAAACUAACAUGACAAUCUGUGACUGCAAUUGUGACGAAUACUUGAGUGCACGGGACUUGAAUUUUACGAUCUCAACUGACAUUGAAAGUGAGGCAGAGAGGGCAGAGUACAACACUGAUUAUAUAUACAAGGCACACCCAUCAGCUUGCGGUGUACAGAUAUAUGCAGGAUUUGGGCCGCAUAUAAUAACUUGGUGUCGCUUUAACGAUACAAGAAAUGCAAUGUCAGUCACAUCUGAAUUAGACUUUGAUCCCUCUGAUGACUCGCAUACGUACAUCAUAGAUUUCUUCUUGAAAAAAGAAGACCUAACGUAUACAGACUGUAUCCAAGCCUUUAUUGACGGUCAAAAGAAGUCUGAAAUGUGUGGCAUUCCUUCAUUAAGUACUACAACCCAGUUAGUUCUCCAUGUUUGGAACAAACAUAACACGCUUCCGCCUUUGGAUGUUUUUGACUUGUGGACAGCGAAAGCAUCAUUUGGACAAUUAAUAAUGCCUCCAGACGCCGACGCACUUUGUAGAUAUGGCGAACCAUUCCAGGGAGGUACCAAUGCUAUAGUGCGGUAUGAAGCAGCUUUAGGGACUUCAAAAGAUGAACCUGACAUGGUGGAAUUUCAAGAAGUAAACAGUCCUUGUAUUCCAUGUGCAAAUGAGUGCUCAAAGUUUGACUGUGAUCCAGACUGUGUAUCGGAAACGUAUACACUCCUAACAUUUUCAGUUGACAAUAUUACCAUCAACGCUACUUAUAGUGGUUCAUUAUACCUUAUUGUGAAAGCUGUUUUAGCAUCUGGUGCAGAGGUAAUAUCUGCCUCAAAUGGGUUUUAUAUUGAUUUAACUCCUCCAGUCUUUGAAGAAGAAGUGUUCCUUUACUUUGACGUACGGCAAGGUGAAUUCGUGCCAACUCAGUAUCAAGGUUCUAAUGAUACCAUUAAGGCACUAUGGCUGUGUACAGAUGACGAAAGUGAAAUAAAGGAAUAUGAAUGGGCUAUUGGAACAAGUGUUGGUGGAGAAGACAUUCAAAAUUUCACAUCAACUGGGACUUUUUCGGCGUCCCAGAAUUCAAACUUGAACGGAGUUCUAAAGCAUAAUGUUACGUACUUUGUCAGUGUUAAAUGUACUAACGAAGCAGACCUAUCGACUAAAUGGACAGACACCACUGGAGUAACGGUCUUGCUGGAAGAACCAGAUGAAACUACUGUUGAUGCAGUUGCUGUUAAUGCUGAGAACUUUGAUCGACCUGUUUAUCCAUCAACAGCGCUAGAAUCGUCAGAAACGACGGCUUGUGGCUUAUCUUGGUCAAAGAGUACAGAUGAAUAUGUAGAACGAUAUUACUACUGCGUUGGAGACUCUGUUGAAGUCAUUGACAAUGUUGUCCCUUGUAUGUUGGUUGGAUAUAAUUCUUCAGGCAGAGCUGAAAUUAAAAACGGUCACUUGUAUAUAGAUGAUACACCUUUCUACAGUAUUUCUGAACUUAAAGUUCUAAGCGAAGGCAUCUAUGAUACUAGCAAUUCCAAUAAUGACUCUGACAAUGUGUUCAAAAUGGAACGAGGAAGGACACUUUUUCUUUAUAUGCGGCUAUGCAACAAAGCUCAGAUUUGUACUGAUAAACUUGUCAAUUCAAUAUUAUUUACGGAUGAUACUUCUCUAUUGCUAACUUCAACCGCCGGUGAAGCCGUUGAAUAUAAUCUUGUGCCAAAGACCUCCAGGAAGAAACGUGAUUUGACAGUUUCGGAAAUCCUAAUAGAAAUGCCUUCAGGUAUGGAGCCCGGACAGAGUGUACUAGUAGGCGAGCUCUCAGAAGAGGACGUGUACACAAAUUAUGGUUCAGAUGCUUCGUCUGUAUUCACGCCCUACGUGGUGAAUCCUUUUGAAACAGUCAAUAUGACCGAACGGGACUUAUUUGGACGGAUCACAUCAUUCCUUCUGUAUAUCACACUUAGUCCUGUUGGUCAGGAACCGCUCUCUGGAAGUCUGAAAAUGACAUUUCCACAGGAAAGCUUAGAUUCAAACAGCGCUGGAUUCCUAACAAGCAUUGUCCAUUGGAACCCAGACCUACAACAAUGGCAACAGACUGUGAAAACAUGCCUAUUGGAGAAUAGUACUAUAACUGAUAAUGAAGUUGACGGAACCACAACAAUCAAGGUAUGUGACACACGCAGGACAAAUUUCAGUGAUAUUGUGGAAAAAUAUUUCUGGAAGGAAACUCAGUUUGCCGUUGUAUCCAUGACCACAACAAUAGAAAAUACUGCCCCUACGCUUCUUGAGCCAUUGUACAUUGUUAUUGAUGAAGACGCAGUAAAUGCGAAAUUCGUACUGAAGGCAGAUGAUUUAGAAGGUGACGAUGUUGUAUUUUCGAUAUCGCAAGAAGUCAGAUUUUCUUACGGAAAUGUCAGCAUUUACGAAAACAGCCUGUAUAUUACAUUGUGCGAAAAUUGUUACGGCAUAAGCGUUAUUCAGGUCAUGUUAAAUGAUAUGCCAGAGUCUGCUGAUGUUAUUUCAUCUCAGUCUAUGUAUAAUAUAACGGUAGAAGUUGUGCAUGUUAACAACCCACCGUUUAUAUCGCUUUAUUCCUUGGAGGGAGGCUAUUUACUACAUGAGGAUCCUACAGAAAAUGUCAUGAUUUACAAAGACCAAGAAGGUGAAGUGAUUUCACAUGAUGUAGGAAUAAUAAUAGCUUACGAUAUCGACGGGCAACAAAACCUUACAAUACUGUCGAACGCAAGUGGCACUGGGAUGUUUGAACUAUACAAUGUCAACAGGCAGACAAUGUUUGAAAUAAUUGGUUGCAGUGAGACAGAUUGUUCUCGAGCUGGUGUUGAAACCUCGCCCAAGAAUAUUGAAUGGCGGGGUACAUAUAUAAAAUUUACGCUGUUGAACACAACAUACACAGGAAUUGAUGAAAUAAAGCUUGUUGCCCAAGAUGAAAAUGGGACAUAUUCGGAUGUUAUUACAGUUAAUGCAGUCAUCAUUGAGAACAAAUGCGUGCAUGGAAGUUGCAUAAGUAAGAGUCCUCUGGAUUAUACAUGUAGCGAUUCCCGAAGGAUUGGAAAUUUUGAUCUGUAUUAUACAUGUGAAUGUCCGGUGUCAUGGAAAGGUCCAUACUGUGAAAAUGACGUGAAUGAAUGUAAUCUUGGUUUAUGUGAAUCCAGGAAAGAGUGCGAAAAUACCGUUGGCAGCUAUAGUUGUUAUUGUAAAUCCAGCGACAUUAUUUGCAAACUUUCCCUUGAAAUAUGGGAGUUUUCUAUUAUAUCAACAGUAAUUUCCGCUGUGCUUGUUGCUGCGAUAAUCAUAAUUGUCGUAAUUGUACUAAAGCGGAAAUUUAAAUGGCGAAGGCUGAUUUAUGCAGAAAACGAAGUUGUUCCCAUUUCUACUCCAGCAGCAAGACGUUUUGAUCCCUCUAAACUUAUCCCUCCAAUACCGGAAAGUCCAGAAUAUGAUGAUCAACCUGCUCCGCCGAUAAUGCUUUACAAAGCGAAGAGAGCAUUGAAAAUGUUCAAAGGUAAAAGAGACCACCCAGAACCAAAAGCAGUGAACACGGGAGCGAUGAAUGAAUGCAGGCCCUCCUGUUCGGCUGAGGAGAUGCGUGAUGUACCAAUGGUCACACCACCGGAAGAAUUUCAACUUGGAUUUCACCAUGCGAACAGUGUAUUGUCGAUCAGUCAAAUCGAACCAACGGAAACUGAUGGAUGUUAGAUUCAUCUGACUAAUAUUGAACACCAGACUUACAUUGUGUACGUGCAAGUUCGUAACUUGGGAUAGGAAAAGAGCAUUAUUGAACAAUUUUCUCUUGAUUUUGAAACAUAAAUAGUUUAUUAAAUGAAGUUAACUUGCUUAAUUCAUUUUGAUUUAAUGUACAUUUGUAUUUACCUUCUUUUAGAUUUCUCAUCUGUUUGUUCUUUCUACAUUUAUAUUUACUGUAGAGUAGUCUUAAGAUGUUUUAAUGUAUUUGUGUAACUAACCAGUAACAUAAACGUUUCGGCUGCAUUAUGUUUAAUAAAUGUAACAUCAUAGAGCUAAACAAGGUAACGUAAAAACCGUCGUAAAACUGGAAUUAAAAAGAUGUAUAUGAACGUCAGAUUGUGCAACAACAAUUAGCUUUAUCAGAUCAAAAUUUUGUUCUCCAGGACUAGGAUUACUUUCUUUUCUUUUUAUCGUAAGACGCAUUGCAACAUAAAGUCGACUUUAGGUUUUUGAAAUGGUACUAAAAUAUAAUUUCAUAUUCAAUCCUACAAUAAAAGAAAGAAAAAGUGAUUAUUUUAGCCAUGCCAUGGGAAAACCAACAUAGAUCUAGUGGCUUUGCGACCAGCAGGGAUCCAGACCAGCCUGCGCAUCCGCGCAGUCUGGUCAGGAUCCAUGCUGUUCGCUAACAGUUUCUCCAAUUCCAAUAGGCUUUAAAAGCGAACAGCAUGGAGCCUGACCAGACUGCGGGGAUGCGCAGGCUGGUCUGGAUCCAUGCUGGUCGCAUACCCACUAUGUUGGUUUUCCCAUGGCACGGCUCAUUUAACGUUUUUAUUUUUUUUCUUAUACCAAACGAAUAGUAUACCGCAUGAUGAGCGUUUCUGGAAAUAUUAAUAUAUGUCUGUAUCUUCAUCACACUCAGAACAAAAACUAUUUUUAAAGCGUUUAUCCAUAAUUACCAGUUUAAAUUUCUAGAUGUCUGCCAGAUUCUUUUAGAACAAGAAUAGCUUUCAUAAAACGUGUGAGACACAAGCUUUUUUUUUUCAAUGAAAUCAUGCGUGUGCAUAUUUAUGGCCAGGCUUGCAUCAAGAUGCUUUCAUGCUGUUCAUCAUAUUCUUGCUUUAAAAAAACUACCACUAUCUCUACAUGUGUUUUGUAACGUCACUUUAUAUUGAGACUUGACAUUGCAGUGUCCACCAUAAUAAACAAUAUUUAAAUAUCAAAAAGAUACAACAUUGAAUACAAAUUUCGGAGAGCACAUUUCAUAAUCAGAUUUAGUAUAAAAGCAGUUUAAAAACAAGAUAUCCUUCUAUGCUAAUCAUAAGAAAUAUUAAACUGGGUGUGAAGAAACGGUUAAAAAAUAAAUGGGUGUUUUGCUUUUAUUCUGCUUUUUGUUAUUGUUGUUGUUUUUGUUUGUUUGUGUUUUGAUAAAUGUCCGUAUCAUUUAUCAUUUUGUCGGGCUUAGGUUUUCAUAAACUUUCUUGUAAAUUACACAAGUCUGCACAAUAGAUUCGCAAUAGAUUCAGUGAUUUACAGAAAUAUGAAAUUCAUCUAAAGAUAUUUUCAGAACAAAGAAGAGAUGACACUAAUUAGGCGGGGGGCGUGUUUUUGUUGUUGUUGUUGUUGUUGUUGUUUUGCUUUGAUUUAUUUUUUGCGUAUUUUAUUAACGAAACUAUGUAUAGGAUUAAGAUCACGUUAGUAUCUUUUACUAUAAUUUUACUGUGAUAUCAUUUUUUGUUUUCUCUUUGUUUUCUUUUGACGAUCAAUGUAUAUUUGAGAUUUAUAUAAUACAACACAAAAAAUGAAAAUUUA